AUGGAUGAAAACAAUCCUCCUCGCAAGAACCAAUGGAGGCAGCUCAAGACCAGUCAUUCAGACCCUCAUUUGGUACAGGAGAGAGGCAGGAGGACAGCCAGUCACGAUCCGUCUCCUCUCUCGCCUUCGAGGAAUGGAUCUCGUGCACGACACCCGGGCCCAGUUUGCAAGCUUUUUGGCAAAGUGGUCAAGCGCUUCUCUCGAAGCGCUCGACAAUCCCCAGACCCUGAACGCACGGCUGCAAGUUCCAGCUUACAGGACACACAACGUGUUCAGUCAAACAAGGCAAGCGAUCUCACCCCUCCCACUCUCGAACCAGAUUUUGGGCAGCCUUCCAAUUCAGGGAUCGUUCUCACCCCUCCCACUCUCGAACCAGAUUUUGUGCAGCCUUCCGAUUCACGGAUCGUACAAGGAAGUUCUACUAAUGAAGCCGAACAUCUCGACCAGAAAUUUGUGAACGAGAGAAUCGCCCAUGCUAACAAAGGUCUCACAGGCAUCAGCCAGGUCCCGACGAUGGUUCAAGAUGCUUCUUCUGCUACCAAAAACGUACCAUCUGUUUCUGAUGCAAUCGAUUCGUUCUCCGGGUUCCUUGAACCCUUGAAGGCAUUCAACAAAAUCGCCAACACAAUCGCAGAUGUCCAGCCCUACGCGAAGGUGGCGCUGAGCAUAUUCACUUGCGCAUCCAAGAUGAUUCUCGAUCAGGCACACCGUGAUGACGCUGUUUCCCUUCUGCUCUCAAAGAUAUCUGAAGUCUAUACUUUCAUCACGGAGAAGGAGGAAUUGGCCAAGAUUGAAUCUAUGCUAUCGAUAUACGUGAAGUUAGCACAGCAGACACUGGUGUGCGCUGAUUUCAUCAGCCACUAUGCCGAGACGAAGAGUGCCUGGAUAAGACUUAGCAAGCACGUUCUUGGGGAAACGGACAGCACGAUCCAGAACUACAACAGUGUCCUCGACAGUCUCAUGCAGCAAUUCCGAGACCAGGCGGCUCGUGAUACCGUUGUGAUCGUCCACCAUAUGGCUGAGAGUUUGGACCUCGUAGGCAUGGAGUACGCAACGGGAGCCGGGUUAAAUACGUCUAAAUGUUGUUUGCCAAAUACUCGGCAAGACCUUCUGAAGGAGAUUCAGGACUGGAUCAGCAGCACCGAGGAGGGUGCUCCACGGAUCUUGUGGUUAUCUGGUACAGCAGGGAAGGGUAAAUCGGCUGUCGCCCAUACGAUAGCCAAGUGGUACAUCGAACGCGGCGGUCUUUGCUCAUUCUUCUGCUUCGAUCGUACUCGGCAAGCGGAUCGCCGUCAGGAUAAAAUAUUCAGGACCAUCGCAAGCGAUUUGGCGAGCCGCAACCCUAUCGUGCGGCGAGCGUUGGCGCAGGCAGUUCGUGAUGACGACGAACUCAAGCGGACUGCAGAUAUCACCAAACAAUGGCAGGAACUCAUUGUCAGACCGUCAAACGCCUUCGCUGCACCCGUGCUGAUAAUUCUUGAUCUACUCGCUGGCAAAUCGAACACUUCCGCUUCGCAACUGUCCGAACUCCCAGCCAACUUCCGAAUUCUCCUGACUUCCCGUCCCCUCCAAGAUAUUCACAAUACUCUGCACGCACAUGUUCACGACGUUUCUUUGGAUGGUAUCUCGUCUGCAUCCACUGAACUCGACAUACAGUUUUAUAUCUCCCACAAGUUGGAAGACCUUCAUCACGUCUUCAACGAUGAGCACUUCAAGGCGCUUGCCCUAAAAUCCGACGGCCUGUUUGAAUGGGCUCGUCUCGCCUGCGAGUACAUCAAGGGUACGAACAAGGUGGGCGCGAGUCCGGUGGGUCGUUACAAAGUUGUGAUUACUGGAACGUCUGAAAAAGGAACGCGUCUGUUGGAUGAUAUUUAUACGCGCAUUUUGAGAGAUAUCAUGCCGGAGGACGGGCGCAAGGAAACUAUCCCGGUGUUUUGCUCGGUGAUGGGGCAAGUCCUUGCCUCGUCGGAACCACUUCCCAUACAUGCGUUGACGGCUAUGCGACUGCAUUUUCCCAAAGGGACUUGUGAUUACGAAAUGGACGGAGUCCUUGGGCCAUUGGGAUCUCUUUUGACCGGCACUUCGGAUUCCGAUACUCCCAUAUGUCUCCUUCACGCAUCAUUCUACGACUUCCUCACAGACGUAUCGCGGAGCCAUGACUUCUUUGUCAAUGCAUCAGCGGCGCAUAAAGAUCUUGCCUUCGCCUCGCUUCGGGUCAUGGGCUCGGAGCGCGGACUUCGCUUCAACAUCUGCUCCUUAGAGAAUUCGUACUUGCCCAACUCUUCCGUCCCUGAUUUGGAGAAACGAGUCAAAGAAUCCAUCCCGGCUGAGCUAUCAUACUCAUGUCGGUUUUGGGGGACUCACGUCGGCUCUACGUCCUUUGAAUCACCGCUUGCUAAGGAAGUCGAGGCUUUCUUCGAUGGAGAGCGCCUUCUUUGGUGGUUGGAAGCUCUGGCUCUGAUGAAAUGCCUAGGCAACUCUGUAGUGACCCUCUUAUCUAUUGCAGAUCGUGUUUCGGGUCAUGCCGAGUUUACGCAUGUUGGUGACGCUAUCAGGGACACCCUGCGUUUCGUUCGAACUUUCGCACCCACCAUUAUACGCAGCACUCCCCAUUUAUACCUGUUGGCUCUACCAUUCGCUCCAACGCAGUCGAGAAUAUUUCGCAAGUUCGCCGCAAAGUUUCCUCACACCCCUCGCAUUGUCGCUGGCCAUGUCGAAAAUUGGCCUCCGAUGGAAAAGAUAAUCUACGCGAAUGACUGGGUUUACUCGGUUGCAAUGUCACCAGACAGGAAACGCAUUGCAUGUGGUUUACGCGAUGGAACGAUCCAGGUGUGGGAUACGGAGACUGGCGAGGCAUUGUGUGCCCCUCUUCAAGGCCACACUAACACUGUUGCGUCUGUCGCAUUCUCAUCGGAUGGACAUCGCAUUGUCUCAGGUUCAUGGGACUACACGAUCCAGGUGUGGGAUGUAGCAACAGGCAAAGCAUUGAGUACUCUCCAAGGGCACACUGACUCAGUUCGUUCCGUCGCAAUCUCGUGGGAUGGAAAUCGCGUAGUAUCGGGCUCAGCUGACAAGACAAUCAGGGUGUGGGAUAUGGAGACUAGCGAGGCAGUGGGCACCCCUCUCCAAGGGCACACCGGCUACGUUCGCUCCGUCGCGAUCUCCCCAGAUGGUCAUCGCAUCGUCUCUGGUUCAGGCGACAACACGAUCCGAGUGUGGGAUAUGAAGACUGGCCAGGGAGUGGGUACCCCUCUCCAAGGUCACACCGACGCUGUUUUGUCUGUUGCAAUCUCACCGGAUGGGAAAUGCAUCGCGUCUGGUUCACGAGACCGCACAAUUCGAGUGUGGGAUAUGGAGACUGGUGAGGCAUUGGGUGCCCCUCUCCUAGGGCACACAGACCUUGUUCGGUCUGUUGUAUUCUCCCCGAAUGAUAAUCAUAUCAUGUCUGGUUCAGAGGACCAGACGAUCCGAGUGUGGGAUUCGAAGACUGGCGUAGCAUUAGGACCCCCUCUUCAAGGCCACACUGCCUCGAUUGAAUCUAUCACAGUCUCGUCAGAUGGAAGUCGCAUAGUCUCUGGUUCAAAUGACAAGACGAUUCGGGUGUGGGAUGCCGACACUAUUAUGGGCAAGGCAUCAGUCGCUACCUUUCAAAGCCACACUGACUCCAUCAACUCCGUUGCGAUCUCGCCAGAUGGACAUCGCAUCGUGUCCGGUUCGGAUGACAAGACAGUUCGAGUGUGGGAUAUAGAGACUGGCGAGGCAUUACUUGCCCCUCUCGAAGGGCUAGCUUGGCUUCGAAGGGCUUAG